AAAAAGGAAGCCUAACAGGCAAGGCUCCCCCGCUGCUUGCCAAUUGUGCUUGAAGGCUCUCUGAGGAGGGAUAUGUGUGUGUGUUUAGGCAAAGCUGAAAGACUGGAAACGGAUCUGCUCCCCAAAAAGAAGAAAUCAAACGCAAAGAAGCUUCUCCUUGGCUUUGCUUCUGCCCGCUUGAGGGCUUCUUUUCUCAUGUAAUGCACUCACUCACCCAAGAAAUCAAAUCCUUCUCCAGGACUAAUUUGAAAAAGCAAUGCACCCGAGUCACAACUUUAUCUGGGAAGAGACUUAUUGAGACCUGGAGGGAUGCCCAGAUGCAAGUGGUGGAAGUGGCUGAUUGUAAGGAGGGGGGUGCCUGUGGUUAUGUGCAGGACCUGAGCCUGGAUCUUCAAAUUGGGGCAAUUAAGCCGUGGCUCUUGCUGGGUUCCCAGGAUGCUGCUCAUGACCUGGAAAUAAUGAAAAAAUAUAAGGUUACCCAUGUUCUAAAUGUAGCUUAUGGAGUUGAAAAUGCCUUCCCCGAUGACUUGACAUAUAAAACUAUCCCUAUUCUUGACCUGCCUGAGACUGACAUCACCUCCUAUUUUCCUCAAUGUUUUGAAUUUAUUGAGCAAAUCAAGUUAAAGGAUGGUGUUGUGCUUGUUCAUUGUAAUGCAGGAGUUUCACGGGCAGCAGCAAUUAUUAUAGGGUUCCUAAUGUACUCAGAAGGACUCAAUUUUGCCAUGGCUUUUUCUGUGGUAAAAAAUGCACGACCUGCUAUUUGUCCAAAUUCUGGCUUCAUGGAGCAGCUCCAGAAAUACUGUCAAAUCAAUCAUUAAAAAUGGAAACUCAACUUCUUCAAUGAUGAAGAAUGAAUUUUAUGGUUGUGUUUUAAUGAGAGAAAUUGACUUUUUUUUAAAAAAAAAUCACGGUGUUAAUAACAGUUGUACACCAUUAAGCUCUAUAUCAUCGAAAACUCAUCCUCGUUCUUACACGUAAUGUUGAAUUAAUCUCAGAUGCAUUUUGCUCUUUUUAUUUUAAUCUUAAUAAAUAUAACUAUUACUGUGGA